AUUCCCCUGGAUCCAGACUUCCGAGGCGCCACUGCCCACCGGCCCCCUUUCCUCCUGCCCUCAGGGCGGGCAGGUGGAGAGCAACUGCCCCCCCCACCUCACUGGGUUCUCUUUCGUUCCGCUGUCCAGGGGAAACAGGAAGAGAACGACGUGGUGGAGAAACUCAACCUCUUCCUGGACUUGCUCCAGUCGUACAAAGAUCUGUGCGAGAGGCACGAGAAGGGCGUGUUGCACAAACACCAGCGGGCUCUGCACAAGUACAGCCUGAUGAAGAAGCAGAUGAUGAGCGCCACGGUGCAGAACAAGGAGCCGGAGUCGGUGGAGCAGCUGGAAUCCCGGAUUGUGGAGCAAGAGAACGCAAUCCUGACCAUGGAGCAGCGUAACUACUUCUCCCUCUACUGUCUUCACCAAGAGACUCAGCUCGUCCACAUUUACCUUCCGCUCACCUCUCAUAUCUUGGGGGCCUUCGUCAACUCGCAGAUCCAGGGCCACAUGGAGAUGAGCAAAGUCUGGAACGAACUGAAACCCAAGCUGAGCUGCCUCUUCGCGGGAUCCAGCGACGUGCUGAUGCUCCCCUUGUCUGCCCAAGAGGACAAUUUCCUUCCCAGUUAAUGUUUUUGGGAUUCAGGAAUGGGAGGAGCUGGAAGGAAGGCCCACCCUUGACACUUAAGCACACCUGUCCAGGUGUCCUUCUCUUGGCAAAUCCUAGCUUUGCCUCCCGGAGCCUGAAUUGAAAAGGGAGGUGGGGGGGGCGUUUCCCCCACAAACUCCAGCAUGUAGAAAUGUCAUUUUUUCUUUUCAAAGACUGUUUUUGUUUUCAUUUUUAAUGUUGACUGUGAAGGCUCAAAAAAAUGGCCCUUGGGGCAGGUUUGGGAAUGGGGGCCUGUCCCAUGUCAAAAGCGACAGAUGGGCUUAGGUGAGCCACUCCACUCCAGGAAUAAAACCCCAUAAUUUCACGGGGGUUAGGGCCGGGCAGCAAAUAUAUGCACCAUCAAUUAAAGGGGCACAGUUUCCUUAAACAGCAUUCUGAGUGAAGGGACCAGCAUGAGUUUUUUCUUCUUAUUUUGUCUUGAAAAGCCAGGUGUUUAAAUGAACACAAGCGUAACUUUAGGGACAUGUGUGUUUCAACAGUAAACUGGUGGCCAUGCGACUCCGUGCCACGUAAGAAAUGGCCAGCUGCCUCACAGAGGACUAGGCUCAUGAAUUCAUCUCUCAAAACACACUGCCAGCCUCUCAAACUUCUUAGAGCAAAGGUCUUCAAACUUGGCGAGUUUAAGACUUGUGAACUUCAACUCCCAGAAUUCCUGAGCUAACAUGACUGGAGGAGGAAGAAUUCUGGGAGCUGAAGUCCACAAGUCUUAAAGCUGUCAGGUUUGAAGACCCCUGACUUAGAACUACAGGUAGUUCUGACUUAGGCCAGCUCGUUUAAUGAUCAUUUGAGCUGACUUUCUGAAAGCCAUUUAAUGAUUUAGCAAACUUCUUUUAAUGACAAGUGAUGUGUGAUAGACCAAACCCAAAUGGCUCACAUUGGUUACCCAGAUCUAGUACUUAGGAGCACAUUUCAACGACAUGCUGGCUUACAGACGCCGGAUAGUAGUUGGCAUCUGACCAACUUUCAAAGACAAGAUUGUGUCCAGCAUUUUCAUAAGUCAGUCCUUCUCACGUGCAUACCUCAUACCUACGUUCCUUUUGAAUGAACGCAAACCUAGGAGUCUUAAGAGAUGGGACGUUGUGCGUUGCUCUAAAGCAAUGUUUCUCAACUUUGGUCACCUUAAGAUAGCCACAGCACUUAAGACUUAUAUCCCACUUUCCAGUGCCCUCUCUAAGCGUUUUAUAGAGUC